AGUUGUGGUGAGAAAAAAAGAUCCCAGUUAAUACGUAGUCACCAGUGCGUUCCGACCCUGUCGUUGGGUCUACCCGCACAAGUUUCGUCUAAACGCGGUCUUUUUCUCGAGCCCCGCUCGUGUGUUUCGUUAUGCAAGUGCUACAUGCUGCAACCGGGUCUGACUUCUCCACCUGCCUGCACGUCGUGGAAACUCCGGCGGGUGGUGCGUAUAUCGCGUAUGGCACGGCGUUUGGGAAGAUUGCGCUACAACAACUUUCCCGCGGAAAGCAGCUUGCCGAAGGAGGCAGUGGCGAGCGACCCGUUGAAGAGCUGGAGACGGGCAGGGCGGAACAACAUGAACUCCAGAAUUACCUGGGGUUCCCUGCAGUUCACGUCUGGAUCGACAGUACGGCACCUGCUGCACCACGUACUGGUAGUAAUGAGGAUCCAGAAGCCGUAGCGCCUGGCCUCCGCGUGUGUGCGGUGUUUCAGUACGUCGGGAGCCACCAUCUCAUUCGGGCAUGGGAGCUUUAUCCAGGGCGAGUUGCCGGGACCUCCAGUACCGGGGAGAAGCUGCAGCAGGUACGGACUGCUGUUCAAUUUGUACUGCACGCAGCCGAUAUGCGAGCAAUCUCUUUUACGAAUGAUGGGGCGCUGCUACUCCUGAACAACAAAUAUGUUGGUGCUGAAAUCAGAAUAUGAAUAUAACAGGUUCCACCUCCUGUGCCAAAGCUCUCCGUUCGACCAUCAGUAGAAGCUUGGGUCGUGUCCAGCAGCUCGACCUUUCACGUUCGCGAAAGCCGACCGCUCCCGAACGAAAUUUAUCCUGUUGAAAAUAUUUUCGAUAUUUGAAUUGUCAUUAGGAAAUUAGAACAGAAAAUAUGAACUACCCAGAAUUCUCUGCCGUGGAGAUCGGCUCUGGGAUUGAAAAUAUUUCAACAACAUAAACGGUUGUACAACCUGUGGUCGCAGCUACCCGAGAAUACGACGAUUCGAGGAGCCGAGGAAGAAGCGUUUUUCUGUGCCACGAACGGUCACUUGCUGCUCUACGGGAAGCAGCAGACGCGGGUGAUUCGGCUACGAGAACUCUGCACCUUCCUCUUGCCCCCGACAUCGUCGGCCGGAGGCGAAGGUGAAGGCCGCGACACGAAUAGUACAGUAGAAGUGGUCUCGCAUAUUACAAUGAAUAAUGUCCCCUCCGCAUUUCAACACCGGAAAUCUGUGCUGCAGAUUUGUGGUCACAAAUCCGCUUUGUCAUGGUAGAAGGCAAAAGAUGCGGACUGUAGUGCUGGCUAGCGUGGGAAAGCCUUGCAUCUUCAGCACGACACGAGGCAACUGGAAGUGGGAAACAGCAUGACAAAUUACCUGCAAUGCAGGCCGCAGCUGCGUCUCUUGGCAUUCUAGCAAUAGAAAUCGGCUUGUGUACUCAAAUACAGCAACACAAAUUUCGUUUCCGAUAUGGGGAGGGGGCAUUUUUCCCUUUGAUAUCGCAGCUUGGCUACACGAUUCCGGAUUUCUACCCCCUGAUCCGCAACGCGAACGAAAACUUCAGUGCCUGGCCCCUGCAAUUUCACGACGGCGCCGUACUUUUUGUGGAAAAGCGCGGUGAGGAUGACGAGCGAACGGAAAUUGCAGUUGGCCCACCGGACGUCAGAAUCCACGUGCUGCCGCUGCACGAGAACGAGUCAUGCCCGGCCGGACCAGGAGAAGUCCAUCACGAGUACCGUGUGCGCAAGCGCGUUACGGCGAUGGCGCUUGUCGGAUCUGGAAGUGCAGAUCAUGACCAGCCACAGCGGGUUGUCGUUGUCUCCGAUUACCGCGAGGUGCAGGUAUUCGACCAGGCUGCGAGCCGAAGCGCAGAGCAGCCAGCUAUCGCUCCGCCAGUAAUCCGACUGCCCGACGACUUUGUCGCCAUGGACACGCAAGGCAGCAUGCGAGGGCAACACAACGGUCAGGAAAUGGUAUACCUCCUCACCCGCGGGUGCCGCGUGUUCGAGCUCGAUAUCAACUCUGCGGCCACUGGAUACACGGACUCCAGCAACAACACCAUGUCCGAGUUUUCUUUCGUCCUGCAUCAGGAUAGCAUCGCUGAUACUUCGGGCACACAUUUGAAAAGAUUGACAUUCGAUCUGCCAUCGCAACUUUUUUGCACUAAGGAGCUAGCAGUGAUCAAGACUGAUCAGGGACUCAUAGCACUACAGAAAAUAACACACUAGCGAAGAAGAUCUUUAAAGCCCUCAAUAAGUGUGUCCCGUAAUGAUAAACACACAACGCAGAUUGCUUUUCCUUUUCGCGCCGUCCUGGAUUUCCAAUUUGAUCUUAUGUUCAGGUUUUCUCCUGUUACAGCAACAUCUUACUUCCUCCACUUUAUGACCAGCGACCUUCUGUGAACGUACUACACACAAACUAU